UGGGGGAGGUCGUUAGUCCUUGCAAAGGGCUGUUCUGCUUAUGAUCGCGAAGCGGAAGCAGGAGGCGCGAGAUCCGGGACGCGGGCUGGGAAGCCAUUUGCAGGUCACUGAGGUCAGCUCCGCGCAGGGUGCCCGACGCAGCCCGCCCGCGCCCGCAGCCCGCCCACAACCCGCGCGGUCCUAGCACUGCCCUUCGCCGCGCCCGCCGCGAGAAUCACAGGCGGUGGACUGGGCCCGGGUCCCCCAACCACCGGUCCGUGGGGGCGGGACCUGCACAGGCCGUCCAAUGACUUGUAACGGGUGGGGUCGGACGCGCCCCGGCGGGCGGACUAGUCAAAGUCAAGGCGCUGGAACCUCAAGAGCUUGGGAGUCGGAACCCAGCAAUAAAGUAUGCUGAGCUCCUUCCUGAACCCCCAGAAUGGCACCUGGACAGAGCUCUUCCUUCUGCUUUUGGGUCUUGGCGCUGCCCUCUACUUGGGCUACUACUGGGCAUGUGUGCCCCAGAGGCCUCAACUGGUGACUGGGUCCCGGUUUCUGGCCUUCCUGGAGCAACACUGUCCAAUCACUGUGGAGACUUUCUACCCUACGCUGUGGUGUUUUGAGGGGCGGCUACAAACCAUCUUCCGAGUCUUACUGCAGCCUCGGCCUCUAGUCCCUUACUGGAGUGAAGUCCUCCAAACCCCAGAUGGAGGACGGCUCCUGCUAGACUGGGCUGGCCAGCAUGACAGCAGUCAAUACCCUGAUCCUGCCACCCAGCCCAUUGUAUUACUGCUUCCUGGUCUCACAGGCAAUAGCCAGGAAACAUAUAUAUUACACCUAGUUGACCAAGCUUUGAGGGAUGGUUAUAGGGCUGUUGUAUUAAAUAACCGGGGCUGCCGUGGGGAAGAUCUCUUGACCCACAGGGCCUUUUGUGCCAGCAAUACUGAAGAUCUGGAGACAGUUGUGAAGCACAUAAAGCACCGCUACUCCGAAGCUCCAUUGCUGGCUGUGGGCAUCUCUCUUGGAGGGAUAUUGGUGCUGAACCACCUGGCACGAAUGGGACAAGCUGCAGGAAAUAGAAAGGUGAUGGAAAAGGUGGUGAAUGUAGACUUUGUGCUACAGGCCCACACAAUCCGCCAGUUUGAUGAGCGCUACACAGCUGUGGCCUUUGGAUAUCAAGACUGUGUUACCUACUAUCAGGCAGCAAGCCCAAGAACCAAGGUAGAUGCCAUCCAGACCCCUGUGCUCUCCCUCAAUGCAGCCGAUGACCCCUUCUCCCCAGUCCAUGCCCUUCCCCUACAGGCUGCCCAACAGUCUCCCCAUGUCGCACUGCUCGUCACAGCCCAGGGUGGCCACAUCGGCUUCCUGGAAGGACUGCUCCCCUGGCAGCACUGCUACAUGAGCCGCCUCUUCCAUCAGUACGCCAAAGCCAUCUUUCAGCACCCAGCAGAGCUGCUCAGCCUCAGGGCUCUCUCGCCUUCUGAGGGAGGCAAAAGCUGACAAGAGCAUCAUUGGGGUCUCGGUUCAGUCUUCCCUUGUUUAUUAAAUAUAACUUUUCCUGCUAAAUAGACUGAGGUUCAUUUUCCCUUUUCUCAAGGCUAGGGUAGGCCAUCCAGGAACUUGCUGCAUAUUUAGCCUGGCUGGCUUAGAGCUACCCAGCUGAACCCACAGAUUACUGCCUGGGUCUUCCUUUUGCCUCUUCCAUCCCAACAACAAGUCCCAGGCCAGCAAAUGCCAGGGGCUCAUGGGAAGAGCAACUGGCCACAGGAUGUGAGGGGAGGAGAAACAGAUUGUUUCUGCAGGAAGGGAUAGCAGUGCCUCCAGAUUCUGGGGCACCUUCACAUACUUCUAGAGAAAGAACAAGCUCAACUCUGGAGCCUCUGGUAGACACAGGAAAGGAGGCAGGUGGUGUGACCUGGGCUGCAGACACCACUCUCCUGGGUGGAUCCACAGAUGAUGAAUGCAGGGUUCCCAGGACUCAAGAGUUGCACAGGGCCACAACCACGCUUUAACUGGGAAGGGCAGGCAGUACCCAUCAAGUCUCAUCGGCGGCCAUCUCAGCUGUGAACCCACUUGGAGGUGGAGUGAGCAAUGGGUCCAGGCCUCCACUCUGGUCCAGAAGGUGGCAGUGUCCAGGCCCCUGAUUCCCUGGGAGCAGGGAGGCUAAAGGAAUCCUGGAAAGGCACUCUGAAGCAGCAGGAUGG